AUGUCCGUCGACGCUGCCGAAAAGCAAAGGCAGAGCCUUGAUCCUGCUUCGAAGCAGUGCGAAGCCAUCAACAAUGAUGAGCUUUACAGCAUUGACCCCGAACAGGCCAAGAAGGUCGUUCGGAAAUUGGACUGCGUCAUUAUGCCUCUGAUGGCUUUUGUCUACUUCUUUCAGUGCAACAAAACUGACCGUUAUAAACUUGCAGAUCUCGACAAACAGUCCAUCAAUCAGGCCGCCAUCUUUGGACUUCGCGACGAUCUACACCUCACGGGCGAACAAUUCUCCUGGGCUGUAUCCCUCUUUUACCUCGGCCAGCUCUGCUCGGAAUACCCCGCGGCCUACCUUCUCUCGCGACUCCCGAUUACACUCUACGUAGGCUGCACUAUUGUUGUCUGGGGUGGCGUGAACAUGGCCAUGGCUGCAUGUCAGAGCUUCCAAGGAUUGGCUGCGGCGAGAUUCUUCCUUGGGUUCACUGAAGGAACCGUUUCUCCCGCCUUCAUCAUCAUCACCUCGAACUGGUAUGUCAAGAGAGAGCACCCAAUCCGCGUGGCAACGUGGGUCUCCAUGAACGGCGUCUCCCAAAUCAUCGGUGCCCUCAUGAUGUACGGCAUCGGACAAUCCAACAUGUCCCUUGCUCCUUGGCGUGCACUGUUCAUCAUCUGCGGUGGCCUGACCUCGUUGGUGGGCGUUGUCUUCAUCUUCAUGAUGCCCCGGGAUACCUCUACCGCUUGGUUCUUGACCGAGGCUGAGAGAGAGAUUGCUACUCAGCGCCUUGCCGUUGAUCGUGCGACUCGCGAUCGUGCAGAGUUCAAUAAGAAGCAGGUUAGAGAGGCUAUGCUGUCACCCAUGACAUGGAUCUACAUGAUGAUGGGUUUGUGCAUCACUUUGACCACCCCCAUCAUCAAGUUCAGCGCCAGUGUCAUCAACGGCUUUGGUUACAGCAAGUUUGAGACAAUGCUUGUCGGAAUGCCCGCAGGAGCUUGCAACACGGCAACCGUCUGGAUCGGCGCUCUCGUCCCACGAAUGUUCCCCGGAACACGAACCUACACCGCCAUCGGCCUCUGCUUCGUUCCUCUUCUAGGUGCGGUUCUUCUCAUGACUCUCCCUCGCGAGGGCGCCGAAUGGGGCAUCGUCGUGUCGACUUGGUUGGGCGGUUGCUCGUCGGCCCUGCUCAGCAGCUCGGCUAGUAUCAUUGCCAGCAACGUCAAGGGAAACACAAAGAAGAGUGUCGUGUCUGUCGCCUUCUUCAUUGCCUACUGCGUCGGCUGCAUCGUCAGUCCUUUUGCCUGGACCUCUAAGGACGCACCUCGCUACCGCAAGGGCUGCAUCUUGAGUUUGUCAUCCAUGAUCGCUCUGAUUAUUACGUAUAUCGGUUUUGUAAUUGUUGUUAAGCGUAAGAACGCCAGCCGAGACUCCAAGGCGGCAGACGGACAAGUUCAGUAUGUCGUGGAAGGUUUGGGUGGCAGUCAGCAGGCCGGUGUUUCAACCGACUCGGAUCUCACUGAUGUGCAGGAUAAGGGCUUCAGAUACAUCAUCUAA